AUGUCAUUCAGGAAAAGAGGUGAGGUUAUCAAUGGAGCCAACUCUGGGGUUAGAGCGGUCCCAGGAAGAACGCCUGUUGCUAGGCCCACGAUCCCAACUGGAAGAACUCCUACAGUGAUUGGAGGAAGAAACCCUGUUGUGCACAGUCCAAGUACCCUCGCUGACCGUUUGGACAGAGUAUCAAUCCGUAAUGAAGGCAAGAAAACAGACGAAAGAGAAUCACUUGACGCCAAUCACCCGGGAGUUAAACCAUCUCCUGCUACUUCUCAUCAAACGACUUCAACUGGUUCAUUCCAUUUGGACAAAGUUCUAGGUCAUAGUGGAUUGCCCUUGGGAAACUCUUUGCUCGUUGAAGAACAAGGUACUACUGAUUUUGGUUCAAUCCUCUGCAAGCUGUUUUCUUCACAAGGAAUUGUGCAUAACCGAAUAGAAAAUUCUGUCACCUCAGGUAAUACUCAUCUGAUUGUCCUGAGUAUUAAUCAAGGGUUUGCUAAAGAGCUGCCAGGUGUUUAUAAGGGCUCUCGCAAAGAUAUCAGGAAAUCGAAGAUAGCAGAAGAAGAGGCAAAAGUUACAGUGCAAAAUUUGACCGGGAAGACUAAUGCAGCGAGGAGCAAUGACUUGAAGAUUGCUUGGAGAUAUGGGCUCGGUAAUGAAAGUAGCGAUAAAGAGGGAUUGGGCAAGCCAAAUCUCAACGAUGAAAACAACUAUAGCCAUCAGUUCGAUAUCACUACACGUUUAAUGCCUGCACCCUCAGCUUCAGAGAUUACAUUCAUAUCGCCUUUGCAACCGGUUCAGGUGGUCUUGAACCAAGUGGAACAGGCUAUAAAGAAGCAGAGCGGCAAAAUAAUUCGAAUUGUGGUGCCCUCCCUCCUGCACCCUGCAAUGUACCCACCAAGCAUGUUCAAUUUGGCCAAAAUAAUGCCCAUACUACAUGGAGCAAGGUCCAUUGUCAAAAACUAUGGAAGCAGAUGCAUCUUGUUUGCUUCUGUGUCAUCAGAUUUGUUGGAUGAGCUGUUGCUAACUCAGAUUGAGAAUACAUUUGAUUCGGUCAUAAACCUGGAACCAUUCGAUCAAGAGAUGACACAACUCUUGGAGAGAGCAUACAAAUCACAACCAAACAAGAUUCAGCACGGACUACUGCAUAUUAUGAAACUGCCAAUUUUUAGUGAGCGAGGAGAAAUGCAUGUCCUCAAAUCUAGCUACGCUUUCAAGAACGGUAAACGUAAGUUCGAAAUUGAAGAAUGGGGAAUUCCAGUCGAUGAUAUCGAGGAUACUGAGAAGGAUACUCCAACGCAUGAGCACGCUGGGGUUGAACACAAGACUGAUAAUACAAAAGUUUCUGUGGAAUUUUAA